UAUCGCUGGGAGGAGAGAGACACUGGGUACUCACCCACUCAUUCGAAUCAGAUAGCGGAGAGCUCACAACCACCACCUCUCCCUAUCUUGGACAAAGCAUAACUGGACAUCCCUUCGCCCAGGAGAAGCGGUGCAAUUUCAUCGAAGAGCUCACGCGUAAAGCAUUUUUUUCUCAAUUACAAAUCCCAGGUCCGUGAGGUGUGUGCGAUCGCUCCCAGCAGAAGGAUGAGCAGCUUUGAUUUGGUUGAGCUGCUGGACACUUGGGAGGACCUGAACCUCACAGGCCUCCUGGAGAACGGGACGCGUGUGGAGAUGGUCGGGUGUCCAACAGCGUUCGACCGCAGCGCCCUGCUCCACUCCAUGUGCAUCCUUUACAUCUUCAUCUUCGUGGUCGGUUUGGCCGCCAACGGCCUCGUCCUCUGGGUCAAUGUCCGCUCCCAGCGCACCACCUCCAGCUCCUCCCCUCGCCAUGAGACCCACCUCUACAUCGCCCACCUGGCGGCGGCUGACCUGUGCGUGUGCGUCACGCUGCCCGUGUGGGUGAGUUCCCUGGCGCAGCAUGGCCACUGGCCCUUCGGCGAGGUGGCGUGUAAGCUCACCCACCUGCUCUUCUCUGUUAACCUCUUCAGCUCCAUCUUCUUCCUGGCCUGUAUGAGUGUCGACCGCUACCUGAGCGUGACACGGCCUGCCGACAGUGAGGAUGGGGGCCGACGCCGGAAGCUGAUUCGCCGCAGCGUGUGCGUAGGGGUGUGGCUCCUGGCUCUGGUGGCCUCCCUGCCCGAUACCUACUUCCUCAAGGCGGUGAGGUCAUCACACGGGGAGGUAGUGCUGUGCAGGCCGGUGUACCCAGAGGAACACUCCAGGGAGUGGAUGGUGGGAGUUCAGCUGAGCUUCAUCCUGCUUGGUUUCGUCCUACCCUUCCCUGUCAUCGCUCUGGCCUAUGCCCUCCUGGCCCAAGCCCUCUCCUCCACCUCCUGUUCCUCCUCGGCGAUGGAGCAGGAGCGUCGUGUGAGUCGCAGGGUGAUCCUGGCCUAUACCGUGGUAUUCCUGGGCUGCUGGGGGCCCUACCAUGGAGUGCUCCUGGCCGAUGCCCUCUCCCUGCUGGGCCUGGUUCCUUUGAGCUGUGGGCUGGAGAACGCCCUCUACGUGGCCCUGCACCUCACCCAGUGUCUGUCCCUGCUCCACUGCUGCUUCAACCCCAUCCUAUACAACUUCAUCAACAGGAACUACCGCUACGACCUGAUGAAGGCCUUUAUCUUUAAGUACUCAACACGUACAGGCUUGACCAGGCUCAUAGAGCAGCCCCACAUCUCUGAGACGGAGUACUCUGCCGUCGCCGUGGAGAACCCACCACAGAUCUGAGUCUGAACUCUAGAGCAUACCCUGGAACUUCAAAACACACCACAGAACUCUAGAACAUAGUCUGUCUACCUGACCCAAAAGGAUUGAAAAUACCUAAAAUGCAGUAACCCAUGAUAACCUAUAUAGGCUAAAUUUGGGCCCUCACAAAGAACAAAAUGAAAUAUGUGUCUUUAUAACUAGAGCAUAACAAAUAACCUUGCCCAAAGCCUAGGCUGUACACAAACUUCAUCACUGCCACAAGUAUGUGUGCCCUCAUCUGAAGCUAACCAAACAUUAUUUAUAAUCCAGCAUUCCCCUCACAGAAGCUACCUGUGUAUUUCUCCUGCUACCGUGCGUUCCUAAUAAGGAUGGUGUGAGGGACGGCAGAUGCAGGCCAUUAUCAACUCAAACUAAUGAUGUCUGGAGAAAAGCACUUAUAUUGAGUGGAAGAGUAGGUUCUCUGUCUGACAAACAGACUGUUUUAAAGUGCUUCUGAAGUAGUGCCAUUGUAGUCAUGGCGACACAGACACACUCUCUCUCAAUCUCUCUCUCUACUUCAAGACAUACCAAUCCCCGUUUGUCUGUCUGAAGAGUCCUAUAUAACUGCUAGAGGUGUGUGUAUGUGCGUGAGUGUGUGUGUGUGUGUGUGUGCUUGUGUGACACCUCAAAAUCCACUUUGUAAAUAGUUAAAAGGGCAUUGAAAUACAUAUAUUAUAAUUGUUAGAUUGUUAUUAUUCAACUUUCUAUAUACUGUAUUUUUGUACAUAUUAUAAAAUACUUUCAAAUUUGGCAUUGUUUAUGUACAGAUGUAGGAUCUUAAUCACCACAUAUUAAUUUACAUAGAUUUACUGAAAACCCCUAACACAUGGUUAUAUGAGACCCACUGCCUCGAUUCGGUCUUAUUUAACAACAUUUUAAAUAGUGUUUUUUUUACAUUGGAUAAAAUGGUAUAUCAUACACUGCAGUUGAGAAAAAAUGGGGAAGUAAUUCGGCUUUGAAAGUUGAUAAACUUGUAACCCCACUUUUGAGAAAAUGGCCCUUGAAUGCUUUGGUACACCUAUUGGAGAGCUCUUCUUUGUCUACUCAUAUUCAGAAUCGUUCACACCCUCUUAAGCCUUAUCCCCACCCAUCUCUUUAAGGAUUCACAUGUGAGGCCAUGUGCUAAACAGGGUGAGUAAGGUAGUGUAGUAAACAACCAAAGACGUCAAGACUAAAAGUGGUUUAAGUAGUAGCCUAAAAGAAGGAAAAACUCCAGGUAAAAAUACACUUUAUCUAGUCCUUGGCCUAUAUCCUAACCUGACUUUAAAAGUGUCCAGAAAAAAUAUAAUUAUCAUUAUAAGUUGAUGAUUACCCAGACAUUUGUCUAAAUUGAAGGGUCAUGUGAAAUAAAUGCUAUAACCCCCACCCCAGACACGCCUAACUAAGUGGAUGGGUCACUACUGUCUGUUCAUGAAAUACAAUAGUUGUACGAAAUCACCCCCAGACACACCUGGCUAACUUGAUCGGUCAUGAUAUAAUUCUCUUGCGAAGUGAGAAUGCUAGUUAAUUAGCUAAACAAUAAACCAUAAUCCCACCCAUAGCUACAGUACAAACGGAUUGUUAUAGCAAGCCACCAUAGAUGAAAUGCAUGGAUGAACGCUUCACGGCAGCGUGUCUUUCCGUUUGGUUUGUAAUUAACUACAGCUUAUUUAGCCCGUUGUUGUGUCAAGUCACUCCAGUUCACACUGACCGUGUGCAGAAAGUAGUCCAUCACAACUUUUUUCCACAGAUCGUAGUCGAUAGCCCCUGAUAAAUUUGGGGCAGCAAUGUUGUUGAGAGCAGUAGCAACACUUUCAUGUUAUAGACAGAAGCAUGCUACAUGGCAGACCAAUCCCAACUAAUUUCUCUGCAUGUCUAGCCCAUCCAUUAUCUCAGUUAAUCAACGCUAGCGGGAAGGUUCCUGUCUUCUUCCGUGGCUAAAACAACUAGGCUUGUAAUUUAACCAUUUUAUUUGUAUUUACAGAUGGCAUACACAUUUGUUAUUAAGGCACAUGAAAGUUCACACACAAAACGCAUUUUGAUAAAAAUAAAAAUAAACUUUCAAAUGCCUCUUAUGUGAAGUAGUGAUGUAUGACAUAUGCCUAGCUUCUUGAAAUGGGUCAUAUACUGUAUGAACAGUAUUGCACUCUACAUGUCCAGCUAAUAGCCUAACCACCGACCAAGCACUAUGGACUAAACAUUAAAAUCCUGUUGCUGCGGGAUAAUUCUGCUAUGACAAACUGGUCAAUUUAAGAUCCUACAUCUGUAGUUUUGUUAAUCGUAAUUCAUAUGUUGUGGAUUCAGAAGUUCACAUCAGUAGUUUCUAUGUGUUCAUGAAGCUGCCUCAUUGUAAAUGAGAGUCACUGACUCUGUGACACGAGUCCUGCUAUUAUAGUGAAAACAGUGUGACUCAUACAUAUUUCCAUACCAAAUGAUGAUGGAUAAAAACAUUGAGUUAUACAAUGCUAUUUCUGUCUGUCUGUGGUAACAAACAUAUUUUGUUUGAUCCGUUGCCAUGGAGUCAUAGUGUCAUCUGAUUGGAUACAUAUGUAUCCUGUUACAUUGUGAGAAUUCCAAUCCUAGCAGUCAUUAUUAAAAGAGAAAGCAAAGGACACCAACAUGUGUCUACAAGAAGAGGCAUUCCAUUGAUGUUUUGUGUUUGCUGUAUGUUAUGGAUUUUGUUACUUACCUACAAUGAAUCUCGUGUCUGAAGUUCUUUUGCUUUGUGUUAUGACUUUAAUCAGAGCCUUUUAAUUAAAGUAACAAGUAGUGAAACAUAACCUGGGUUUACUGCACCACUGGACACCUUUUAGUAUGGCAGCUCUGACUGGAGUGCAUUAGCAUGGCCACAUUCAACCAGACACAUUUUCAACUGUAAACUUUAUGUGGCCAAUAAAUGGACUAAGUCAUUUAUAACGUUUAAUUAUAUCCUGUAUCCUAGCCGUAAAGGUUCAGUUAUGAAGCAAGGCUGCAACAUACACAGUGCUUUUACAAUGCUUAUCAUGACACGUAGGACACAUGCUUUACAAUUAAAGUCACAAUGCAGAACAAUGUAUGUUUUAUUCAGACAUUAAAUGAGAGAGAAUUCAGGAAUAGAGAUGUAGACCCAGUUGAUUGGCAGACAAAUCAGGUUAACAUAUCCAGAUAUGUGCUCACUCAGUCAGGGGGACAGGCAGACACAUACGCAUAUAUAAACACGGGCUUACACAGUGUUUAACAUGGGCACGGUUCUCUGCACCUCAUGAAAUGUCAUAGUCUUUCUUACCAGACUGAGCAAUGGGGAAAUUAUGAUGACAGUUAUAACAUUUACUCUGGCUCUAGAGUCUAGAUGGAGUGAUACCUCUAUGGUUUAAAUAGUACAUCAGCAUUAGUUCAGAACAGACAAGAGUCUCCAUGUGGUUCUACAGCAUGUGUUCAGACUUUCAUUUAGUUCUCUCAGAGUGGUUCUGAUACACACUGAUUGGCCUGAAUUUCAGUAACACACAGUAAGACACACACUCUUGCUGCUUCAUGACUCUGACUGAAGAGCAUGUGUUUUCCUUGGCUCGCACUGUAGUGUGAAGUGUUUUCGCUUCCCUUUACAAUUUGCUUCCCUUUAUGAUUCACUUUUGAUUUUCUAACGUGUGCAGUAUGAUGUGUAUAGUGCUUACAAAGAACGAGUCAAACAGUAUUAUUCCAGACCCAGCUAUUUAACCAUCCAAACUAUCUGUCAAUUGUCUUGUCAGAGCCGUUUACUUUAGAGACAAGGCUCUUUCUUAUUAGCAGGCCUCUGUGCUCACCAUUAUGAAAGCCCACUUUAAAUCUUGGUGAAAUACUCCUCCGUUCACAUGGCUCGCCAACAGAUCGGAAGGAUAUGCAGCACAGCCACUGUAAAUAAAGCACAGCACGGAGGCUGAGUACAGUAGAAGUGCAGCAUAUGGUUUGUAUAUGUUGAAUCAUCUGUUGUUUGACUUGAUGCAAGCCAUUCUCUGUGAAUGUGUAUGAUUUACAGUACAGCCCAUUGUGGGCUAUCACUAGGUUUUGAUUUAAUAUGGACAGAUAACGGCCCAGAUAAGAUAUUGAUGGAGGGCGGGUUGCUUUACAUUGCUAUGGAGCUAUAGAUCUCAUGGUCCAUGCCCUGCUCAUGCCCUGCAUACUAUAGAGAGAACAUUAACACUGGAAAGGAUGAAAGGGGGAGGAAGAGGAGAGGUACAGGGUAAUUUAGCAGGAAUUUAGGGAGGGAAAUAUAAGCUUACUCAUACAGUACACGUGCACACACACAUACACACUAAUGUGCAUGCACACACGCACACAUGUGCACACACAGCACUAUAGGUCUACAUUACUUCUGGCCGAGAUGCAAGCGCUUACUUUAGACUAAAUUUAAUUCUCAAUCAAGCCUGUAUUUGCUUCAGUGGGCCUGGGAUCAAUUCCAUAUGAGAAUGUAUGGCUGUGGAAGGUCUUGAAUUAUUAAUGAAGUUGAAGAGUACAGCUGUGUGUGCUCCUAGGGGAGUUUCUGGAGUGAAUUUGAGGAGAAGUCAGAGCAGAGAGACUAUUUUGAUAGAGGAUAGGGAUAGUCUAUCCCCCCAUGACACCUCACUCAUCUAGGAGAGAUGAGUAGGACCAGUCAUACUGGCAGGCAGAUGUUAGACAGAUGUUCUGCAGCGAGAGACAGGGAAAGGAGAGGUGAGAGGCCAUCAAAUCAUUGAUUUGGAUCAAACACCAGUAAUCAUACAUACUAAUUUACACAGAGUAAUCAUACAUAUUCAUUUACACAGCCACGCCUUAUUUAACCAUCUGAACAGGCUUGGUAACAUUGAUUUAUAGUGCCUAAAUGUUUUUUGGCUGAUUAUACUUGGAGGUGGAGGCCUGCAAGACUUUUAUUGUGAUGACCUUGUCCACACCUUUAGACGUUGGGAUUACUGAGAGUAAAUAUGUGUCUGUGUCACAUCCUGACCUUAGAGAGCCUUUUUAUGUCUCUAUUUGGUUUGGUCAGGGUGUGAUUUGGGGUGGGCAUCUAUAUUUUGUUUUCUAUGAUUUUGUAUUUCUAUGUUUUGGCCGGGUAUGGUUCCUCAAUCAGGGACAGCUGUCUAUCGUUGUCUCUGAUUGGGAACCAUACUUAGGUAUCCCUUUUCCCUCCUUUCAGUGUGGGAAGUUGUCUUUGUUUGUUGGCACUAUAGCCUUAAGCUUCACGGUUGUUUUUGUAUUGUUUAUUGUUUUUGUCUGCGUCAUCCUAAAUAAAAAGGAAUAUGUACGCUCA